ACAAUCUUCAACGCCGUCGUUGCAACGUUCAAAAAAGAAAUUUUAAAACAGCAGCGCUUCACCAACUCUCUUCUUUUAUAUACUCCAGUCCAGAACCCACAAGAUCAAUUUCACACAUUUCUUUCGCUCUCUUCACUGGAACGCGUAGAAGAAGAGCGAAGAAAACCCUCCCUGAGUGUCUCUUCUUCUGUUGUGUCGAAAUAAAUCCGUCUCGGUUUAUUUUCUCACCUGUCCAAAAGAAAGAAACAAUGGCUGCAGUUAAUGGGUACCAAGGUAACACGCCCAUAGCCGCUCCCACAGGGACACCCUCGAAGCAGGCUGUGCCAAUGGCGAAGACUGUUGAUACACAAUCUGUGCUCAAACGAUUACAAUCGGAACUGAUGGCGUUGAUGAUGAGUGGAGAAUCUGGAAUAUCUGCAUUCCCUGAGGAGGACAAUAUAUUCUGCUGGAAAGGAACAAUCACAGGAAGUAAAGACACAGUUUUUGAAGGAACUGAAUACAAGCUAUCCCUUUCUUUUCCAAACGACUACCCCUUUAAGCCUCCAAAGGUAAAGUUUGAAACCAGCUGCUUCCAUCCUAAUGUCGAUCUCUAUGGCAACAUUUGCUUGGACAUUCUUCAGGAUAAAUGGUCAUCCGCUUAUGAUGUUCGAACAAUACUAUUGUCUAUCCAAAGCCUACUUGGAGAACCAAAUAUAAACUCGCCUCUAAACACUCAAGCUGCUCAACUUUGGUCCAAUCAAGAAGAAUACAAGAAGAUGGUGGAGAAGUUGUACAAGCCUCCAAGCGCAUAGUUCUGAGAAGGAGACUGCAUAAUUUUUUUUUUCUUAUUGUAGAAGGGAAGGAUGGAACAAAGCUUUUCAUUUUCAUAACCUUUUUUCAUCUGUGCUUUCUCAAUGGAAUGAAUGAAUACAUCAUUGCUCUCA